CCGGAAACGGGAAAUGUUGUGCUCAACAAUACGCGAUCUUCAGUCCAGUGUUUAUUCUUUAUUAUUCUACAGAACAUCAACGGUUUUAAUAGAAUUAGAAUGUAUCAUAUGUAAAGAGAAUCUCAUGCGUCCAGUGACACUGAAGGUGUAAUUGCAGUGUAAUGUGUUCAUUCCUGUUUUUAUUCUAAACUGAAUCAUUUGUUCAUCUGAAGAUUAACAAUGUCAGGCAGUUUUUAUUUUGUUAUGGUGGGUCAUCAUGAUAAUCCAGUGUUCGAGAUGGAGUUUCUCCCUUCUGGAAAGGCAGAAUCAAAGGAUGACCACCGACACCUGAAUCAGUUCAUCGCUCAUGCUGCUCUUGAUCUAGUUGAUGAAAAUAUGUGGUUGUCCAAUAACAUGUACCUGAAGACUGUGGACAAGUUCAAUGAAUGGUUUGUAUCUGCCUUUGUCACUGCUGGUCAUAUGAGAUUUAUUAUGCUGCAUGAUGUUCGACAAGAGGAUGGAAUCAAGAACUUCUUCAACGAUGUGUAUGAUCUGUACAUCAAGUUUGCGAUGAAUCCCUUCUAUGAAGCCAACGCUCCGAUCCGCUCCACAGCCUUCGACAGGAAAAUUCAGUUUCUUGGGAAGAAGCAUCUCCUUAGUUGAUUUGUUUUCUCUACGAUUAUACGUAUCAUGCAUUCAUUUGUGUUCUUUCAUUUUGCCCUCAUGCAUAAUAAACAUACAGGCGUGUUGUCUAAAUGGUCUUGUUAUUUUAGAUACAACUCAAGAGCAUUUACCACCUAAUGUUGUGCAACAAAUAAUGAAGUUCUGGGAAUACUGGGGUUAUGUAAUUUCUGUGCACCAAAUGGAAUUGCAAAAAUAAUAAGAAGCCCUGCCCAAAACUCACAGCAUUGCUUGAGCCAUUGUUGUGACAGUAUUUUGCAAUUCUCUUUGGUACCGCUAACUGCACAUUUCACAUGCAAAGUCUAUAACCUAUGGUGAAUUGCAUGAGGAAGAUGCAUUUAAGUUUCAAACUUCAGACUGGUUAAAAACUUGAGACAGUGAAAAUGUAGCUACUAUAUAUGACAACGUCAAAUCAAAUAAGCAUUGUUCAAUUUUUCUGCUUUAAUUUCAAUUAAACAAUCUACAUUAUCAAUA